AUGUCGCCGCUGGGAGCGCUGGUGCUGCUGGGCGCGUGCGUGGCGCUGGCCGCGGCGUCGUGCGACAAGUCGCUGGAGCAGGACCUCACCUUCAUGCUGAACGGCGCCAACCUGGCGUGGCCGUGCGCCUCCACGCGCAACAUCUACCAGACGUCGGGCCGCUACGUGUCGAAGAACGUGAUCGCCACGCGCGUGCAGAUCCACCGCGACGAGGCCUACGUCGCGCUGCCCCGCUACAAGCCCGGCGUGCCCUUCACCCUCGGCAAGAUGUCGCUCAAGGGCAGGGACUGCCAGGCAACUCUGGCCCCCUUCCCGUGCUGGAGCCUUCAGGAGGAAGGCAACUGCCAGGCCCUGCAGUCGGUCGUCGAUCUCUUCCUGGACGCCAACGACAUCCUGUGGGUCCUCGAUGUGGGCAUUGUCAACACCCUGGAGACUCCCAUCCGCCGGUGCCCACCCAAG